CCUCCACCUUGUUUGGGAUGGCUUGCAUUCUUGAGAAUGUGCCCUUCAUCAAUGGCAGCCCACAAAACACAUUCGUCCCGGGGUUGAUCGAAUUGGCCAUUACCAGGAACUCUUUGAUUGGUGGAGAUGACUUCAAGAGUGGCCAGACGAAGAUGAAAUCGGCUCUUGUCGAUUUUCUCGUCGGGGCCGGCAUUAAGCCGACCUCUAUAGUGAGUUACAAUCACUUGGGAAACAACGACGGAAUGAAUCUGUCGGCCCCUCAGACCUUCCGGUCCAAGGAGAUCUCGAAGAGCAACGUGGUGGACGACAUGGUGGCGAGCAACGGCAUCCUUUACGAGCCGGGCGAGCACCCCGACCACGUCGUCGUUAUCAAGUAUGUGCCGUACGUCGGAGACAGCAAGAGGGCGAUGGACGAGUACACCUCGGAGAUCUUCAUGGGAGGGAAAAGCACCAUAGUAAUGCACAACACUUGCGAGGACUCUCUUCUCGCGGCUCCCAUCAUUCUAGACUUGGUCCUUCUUGCUGAGCUCACCACUCGAAUCCAAUUCAAAGCUCAAAACGAGGGAAAAUUCCACUCUUUCCAUCCUGUGGCCACCAUACUUAGCUAUCUAACCAAGGCCCCUCUUGUACCUCCGGGAACACCCGUGGUGAACGCGUUGUCGAAGCAGCGUGCGAUGAUGGAGAAUAUAUUUAGGGCUUGUGUUGGGUUGGCUCCCGAAAACAACAUGAUUUUGGAAUACAAGUGAAGAUUCAUUCAACAAUAUUAAUUUGAUCUAAGUAAUAUUUUCUUAAUACUGUGGUUUAAUUUUUCUUUUUCUUUUUUCCUUCCUAUUAAUCUAUUUUUUUUAUGUAGCUAUUGCAAGUGUAUUUUGUUUGCUCUAGCUGUUUAGAGCCUAGCUUAAUUAUCCCCUAUACGACCUAUUUCUGUAAUUUAUUGUUGCCUCUUCUUAUUUCCAAGUUAAUCUGUUCAA